GGAAACUGGUUAUACUGACUCCAAGCCUCAGAGGAUUUUGAAUGACUGACGCCUCCCAGCUCACCUCUGGAAGCCAAUGCCUGCUGGAUGGUGGUAAACCGGUAUUUCAAGUCCCCUUGGCAACCCCCAGUCCCCUGCCUGCGGAGGACUGCGCUUCUUCUGGACCCGGAGGAGAGUCUGGAGGGACACACUGAGACUCAGAGAGGGCUAAUGAUCUCUUGGACACUUGGGCAGUAGAAAAGACCACACCUGACCUUCGGGAUCAAUGGCCUUGGAGAGAGGGCUGCAGGGCCUGCGGACGGUGACUCUUCCCGGUGCGCUGACAUGGAGCCAGAUCGCUCGGCUCUGAGCGCGGGGAGGGCGCACUUCGUGGAUGUGGAGGAGCGCGCGCCCGAGGCCAUGGACGCGAAGGAGAGGAAGCCGUACCGCUCCCUGACCCGGCGCCGGGACGCCGAGCGCCGCCACACCAGCUCGUCGGCCGACAGCGAGGAGGGCAAGGCCCCGCAGAAAUCCUACAGCUCCAGCGAGACCCUGAAGGCCUACGACCAGGAUGCCCGCCUGGCCUACGGCAGCCGUGUCAAGGACAUGGUGCCGCAGGAGGCGGAGGAGUUCUGCCGCACAGGUACCAAUUUCACCCUCCGUGAGCUGGGGCUGGGAGAGGUGACACCCCCUCACGGCACCCUGUACCGGACAGACAUCGGCCUCCCACACUGUGGCUACUCCAUGGGGGCCAGCUCCGACGCAGACCUGGAAGCAGACACCGUGCUCUCCCCCGAGCACCCGGUGCGCCUGUGGGGCCGCAGCACGCGCUCAGGGCGCAGCUCCUGCCUGUCCAGCCGGGCCAACUCCAACCUCACACUCACCGACACAGAGCACGAGAACACCGAGACCGGUGCUCCCUUGCAUUGUUCAUCCGCUUCAUCAACCCCUAUUGAGCAGUCCCCCUCCCCGCCCCCCUCCCCUCCGGCCAAUGAGAGCCAGAGGCGGUUGCUAGGCAACGGUGUGGCCCAACCAACCCCGGACUCAGACUCUGAGGAAGAGUUUGUCCCUAAUUCAUUCUUAGUUAAAAGUGGCUCUGCAAGCCUGGGGGUCGCAGCAAACGAUCACCCAAGCGGCCUGCAGAACCACCCUCGGCUCCGGACACCUCCGCCACCACUCCCACACGCCCACACCCCCAACCAGCACCACGCGGCCUCCAUCAACUCCCUGAACAGAGGCAACUUCACCCCAAGGAGCAACCCUAGCCCUGCGCCCACAGACCACUCGCUCUCUGGGGAGCCUCCAGCUGGCAGUGCCCAGGAACCGGCCCAUGCCCAGGACAACUGGCUACUCAACAGCAACAUCCCACUGGAGACCAGGCACUUCCUCUUCAAGCCCGGAGGCACCUCCCCGCUCUUCUGUACCACGUCCCCGGGAUACCCCCUAACUUCCAGCACCGUGUACUCACCCCCACCCCGGCCCCUGCCCCGCAGCACCUUCUCCCGGCCAGCCUUUAACCUCAAGAAGCCCUCCAAGUACUGCAACUGGAAAUGUGCGGCUCUGAGCGCCAUCGUCAUCUCGGCCACCCUUGUCAUCCUGCUCGCGUACUUUGUGGCCAUGCACCUGUUUGGCCUAAACUGGCACCUGCAGCCGAUGGAGGGGCAGAUGUAUGAGAUCACGGAGGACACAGCCAGCAGUUGGCCUGUGCCAACGGACGUCUCCCUAUAUCCCUCAGGGGGCACUGGCUUAGAGACCCCUGACAGGAAAGGCAAAGGAGCCACAGAAGGAAAACCCAGUACUUUCUUUCCAGAGGACAGUUUCAUAGAUUCUGGAGAAAUUGACGUGGGGAGACGAGCCUCCCAGAAGAUUCCUCCUGGCACGUUCUGGAGAUCUCAAGUGUUCAUAGACCACCCUGUACACCUGAAGUUCAAUGUGUCUCUGGGAAAGGCGGCUCUGGUUGGCAUCUAUGGCAGGAAAGGCCUUCCUCCCUCCCAUACUCAGUUCGACUUUGUGGAGCUGCUAGAUGGAAGGAGGCUCCUGACUCAGGAGGCUCGGAGCCUGGAGGGUCCCCAGCGUCAGUCUCGGGGUGUUGUCCCCCCAUCCAGUCACGAGACUGGUUUCAUCCAGUACCUGGAUUCAGGAAUCUGGCACCUGGCCUUCUACAAUGACGGGAAGGAGUCUGAGGUUGUUUCCUUCCUCACCAGCACCAUCGAAUCAGUGGACAACUGCCCCAGCAACUGCUACGGCAAUGGUGACUGCAUCUCUGGGACCUGCCACUGCUUCCUGGGUUUUCUGGGCCCUGACUGCGGCCGAGCCUCCUGCCCCGUGCUGUGCAGCGGAAACGGCCAGUAUAUGAAGGGCAGGUGCCUAUGCCACAGUGGCUGGAAGGGCGCCGAGUGUGACGUCCCCACCAACCAGUGCAUCGACGUCGCCUGCAGCAGCCAUGGCACCUGCAUCAUGGGCACUUGCAUCUGCAACCCGGGCUACAAGGGCGAGAGCUGUGAGGAAGUGGACUGCAUGGACCCAACAUGUUCAGGCCGGGGUGUCUGUGUGAGAGGCGAGUGUCACUGCUCCGUGGGCUGGGGGGGCACCAACUGUGAGACACCCAGGGCCACAUGCCUGGACCAGUGCUCUGGCCACGGAACCUUCCUCCCAGACACGGGCCUUUGCAGCUGUGACCCAAGCUGGACUGGACAUGACUGCUCCAUUGAAAUCUGUGCGGCCGACUGCGGUGGCCACGGCGUCUGCGUGGGAGGCACCUGCCGCUGCGAAGACGGCUGGAUGGGGGCCGCGUGCGACCAGCGCGCCUGCCACCCGCGCUGCGCAGAGCACGGGACCUGCCGCGACGGCAAGUGUGAGUGCAGCCCCGGUUGGAACGGCGAGCACUGCACCAUCGCUCACUAUCUGGAUAGGGUAGUUAAAGAGGGCUGUCCUGGCUUAUGCAACGGCAAUGGCAGGUGCACACUGGACCUGAACGGGUGGCACUGCGUCUGCCAGCUGGGCUGGAGAGGAGCCGGCUGUGACACAUCCAUGGAAACCGCCUGUGGAGACAGCAAAGACAACGAUGGAGAUGGCUUGGUGGACUGCAUGGACCCCGACUGCUGCCUUCAGCCCCUCUGUCAUGUCAACCCACUGUGCCUGGGCUCCCCCGACCCGCUGGACAUCAUCCAGGAGACACAGGCCCCCGUGUCCCAGCAGAGCCUGCACUCCUUCUACGACCGCAUCAGAUUCCUCGUGGGCAGGGACAGCACGCACUUCAUCCCCGGGGAGAACCCCUUCGACGGAGGGCACGCGUGUGUCAUCCGUGGUCAAGUGAUGACAUCAGAUGGGACCCCGCUGGUUGGUGUGAACAUCAGUUUCAUCAAUAAUCCUCUCUUUGGGUAUACGAUCAGCAGGCAAGAUGGCAGCUUUGACCUUGUCACAAACGGCGGCAUCUCCAUCAUCCUGAGGUUCGAGCGGGCUCCCUUCAUCACGCAGGAGCACACCCUCUGGCUGCCCUGGGAUCGCUUCUUCGUCAUGGAAACCAUCGUCAUGCGGCACGAGGAGAAUGAGAUCCCUAGCUGUGACCUGAGCAACUUCGCCCGGCCCAACCCGGUGGUGUCUCCAUCCCCGCUGACGUCCUUUGCCAGCCCCUGUGCUGAGAAAGGCCCCAUUGUGCCAGAAAUCCAGGCCCUACAGGAGGAAAUCACCAUCGCUGGCUGCAAGAUUAGGCUGAGCUACCUCAGCAGCCGCACCCCGGGCUACAAGUCCGUCCUAAGAAUCAGCCUCACGCACCCCACCAUCCCCUUCAACCUCAUGAAGGUGCACCUCAUGGUGGCCGUCGAGGGCCGCCUCUUCAGGAAGUGGUUUGCUGCAGCCCCAGACCUGUCCUAUUACUUCAUCUGGGACAAGACAGAUGUCUACAACCAGAAGGUGUUUGGGCUCUCAGAAGCCUUCGUCUCCGUGGGUUAUGAGUACGAGUCGUGCCCAGAUCUGAUCCUGUGGGAAAAAAGGACAGCAGUGCUUCAGGGCUACGAAAUCGACGCCUCCAAGCUUGGAGGCUGGAGCCUGGACAAGCACCAUGCCCUCAACAUCCAGAGUGGCAUCCUGCACAAGGGAAAUGGGGAGAACCAGUUUGUGUCUCAGCAGCCACCGGUCAUCGGCAGCACCAUGGGCAACGGGCGCCGGAGGAGCAUCUCCUGCCCCAGCUGCAACGGUCUUGCUGAUGGCAACAAGCUCCUGGCCCCCGUGGCCCUCACCUGUGGCUCUGACGGGAGCCUCUACGUGGGAGAUUUCAACUACAUCCGCAGGAUUUUCCCCUCCGGAAAUGUCACCAACAUCCUGGAGCUGAGAAAUAAAGAUUUCAGACAUAGUCACAGCCCAGCACACAAAUACUACCUGGCCACAGACCCUAUGAGCGGGGCCGUCUUCCUGUCUGACACCAACAGCCGGCGAGUCUUCAAGAUCAAGUCGACCACAGUGGUGAAGGACCUUGUCAAGAACUCUGAGGUGGUGGCAGGGACGGGUGACCAGUGCCUCCCCUUCGAUGACACUCGCUGCGGGGAUGGUGGGAAGGCCACAGAGGCCACGCUCACCAAUCCCAGGGGCAUCACAGUGGACAAGUUUGGGCUGAUUUACUUCGUGGACGGCACGAUGAUCAGACGCAUCGAUCAGAACGGGAUCAUCUCCACUCUGCUGGGCUCCAACGACCUCACCUCGGCACGACCCCUCAGCUGCGACUCGGUCAUGGAUAUUUCUCAGGUUCGGCUGGAGUGGCCCACAGACUUAGCCAUCAAUCCAAUGGACAACUCUCUCUAUGUCCUCGACAACAACGUGGUCCUUCAGAUCUCUGAAAACCACCAGGUACGCAUUGUGGCUGGGAGGCCCAUGCACUGCCAGGUCCCAGGCAUCGACCACUUCCUACUCAGUAAGGUCGCCAUCCAUGCUACCCUGGAGUCGGCCACCGCUUUGGCUGUUUCACACAACGGGGUCUUGUAUAUUGCUGAGACGGAUGAGAAGAAGAUCAACCGCAUCAGGCAGGUCACCACAAGUGGCGAGAUCUCACUGGUUGCUGGGGCCCCCAGUGGCUGUGACUGUAAAAAUGAUGCCAACUGUGACUGUUUCUCUGGGGAUGAUGGUUAUGCCAAGGAUGCCAAGCUGAAUACCCCAUCUUCCUUGGCUGUGUGUGCCGAUGGGGAGCUCUACGUGGCCGACCUUGGGAACAUCCGGAUUCGGUUUAUCAGGAAGAAUAAGCCUUUCCUGAACACCCAGAACAUGUAUGAGCUGUCCUCUCCCAUCGACCAGGAGCUCUACCUCUUCGAUACCAGCGGCAAACAUUUGUACACACAGAGCCUGCCCACCGGAGACUACCUGUAUAACUUCACCUACACAGGGGACGGCGACAUCACACUCAUCACAGACAACAAUGGCAACAUGGUGAAUGUCCGCCGAGAUUCUACAGGCAUGCCCCUCUGGCUGGUGGUCCCAGAUGGCCAGGUAUACUGGGUGACCAUGGGCACCAACAGUGCACUCAGGAGUGUGACCACACAAGGACACGAGCUGGCCAUGAUGACCUACCAUGGCAACUCUGGCCUCCUGGCAACCAAAAGCAAUGAAAACGGGUGGACCACAUUUUAUGAGUAUGACAGCUUUGGCCGCCUGACAAAUGUGACUUUCCCUACUGGCCAGGUGAGCAGUUUCCGAAGCGACACAGACAGCUCAGUGCAUGUGCAGGUAGAGACCUCCAGCAAGGAUGAUGUCACUAUUACCACCAACCUGUCCGCCUCCGGUGCCUUCUACACUCUGCUGCAAGACCAAGUUCGGAACAGCUACUACAUCGGAGCUGAUGGUUCCCUGAGGCUGUUGCUGGCCAACGGCAUGGAAGUGGCGCUGCAGACCGAGCCCCACCUGCUGGCGGGCACCGUCAACCCCACCGUGGGCAAGAGGAACGUCACGCUACCCAUCGACAAUGGUCUGAACCUCGUGGAAUGGCGGCAGCGCAAGGAGCAGGCUCGUGGCCAGGUCACGGUGUUCGGGCGCCGGCUGCGGGUUCACAACCGAAACCUUCUGUCUCUGGACUUUGACCGCGUAACCCGCACAGAGAAGAUCUAUGAUGACCACCGCAAGUUCACCCUUCGGAUCCUGUAUGACCAGGCAGGGAGACCCAGCCUCUGGUCACCCAGUAGCCGGCUAAAUGGUGUCAAUGUGACCUACUCCUCUGGGGGCCACAUUGCUGGCAUCCAGAGGGGCAUCAUGUCUGAAAGAAUGGAAUAUGACCAGGCAGGGCGCAUCACAUCCAGGAUCUUUGCAGAUGGAAAGACGUGGAGCUACACAUACUUAGAGAAGUCCAUGGUACUGCUUCUCCACAGCCAGAGGCAGUACAUCUUCGAGUUUGAUAAGAACGACCGCCUCUCUUCAGUGACGAUGCCCAACGUGGCCCGGCAGACGCUGGAGACCAUUCGUUCCGUGGGCUACUACAGGAACAUCUACCAGCCCCCUGAGGGCAAUGCCUCUGUCAUCCAGGACUUCACUGAGGAUGGCCACCUGCUGCACACCUUCUACUUGGGCACCGGCCGCAGGGUGAUUUACAAGUAUGGGAAACUGUCAAAGCUGGUGGAGACGCUAUAUGACACCACCAAGGUGAGCUUCACCUACGACGAGACGGCGGGCAUGCUGAAGACCAUCAACCUGCAGAACGAGGGCUUCACCUGCACCAUCCGCUACCGUCAGAUCGGGCCCCUGAUCGACCGACAGAUCUUCCGCUUCACGGAGGAAGGCAUGGUCAAUGCUCGUUUUGACUACAACUACGACAACAGCUUCCGGGUGACCAGCAUGCAGGCUGUGGUCAACGAGACCCCGCUGCCCAUCGAUCUCUAUCGCUACGAUGACGUGUCAGGCAAGACAGAGCAGUUUGGGAAGUUUGGCGUCAUCUACUACGAUAUCAAUCAGAUCAUUACUACAGCCGUCAUGACCCACACCAAGCACUUUGACGCCUACGGCAGGAUGAAGGAAGUCCAGUACGAGAUUUUCCGCUCGCUCAUGUACUGGAUGACGGUCCAGUAUGAUAACAUGGGACGCGUGGUAAAGAAGGAGCUGAAGGUGGGGCCCUACGCCAACACCACCCGCUACUCGUACGAGUACGACGCUGACGGCCAGCUGCAGACGGUCUCCAUCAAUGACAAACCCCUGUGGCGCUACAGCUAUGACCUCAACGGGAACCUGCAUCUGCUGAGCCCCGGAAACAGCGCCCGGCUCACCCCACUACGGUACGACCUCCGCGACCGCAUCACCAGGCUGGGUGACGUGCAGUACAAGAUGGAUGAGGAUGGCUUCCUGCGGCAGCGGGGUGGGGACGUCUUCGAGUACAACUCAGCUGGCCUGCUCAUCAAGGCCUACAACCGGGCGGGUGGCUGGAGCGUCAGGUACCGCUACGAUGGCCUGGGGCGGCGGGUGUCCAGCAAGAGCAGCCACAGCCACCACCUCCAGUUCUUCUAUGCAGACCUGACCAACCCCACCAAGGUCACCCACCUCUAUAACCACUCAAGCUCUGAGAUCACAUCCCUCUACUAUGACCUGCAAGGGCAUCUCUUUGCCAUGGAGCUGAGCAGUGGCGAUGAGUUUUACAUAGCUUGCGACAACAUUGGGACCCCUCUUGCUGUCUUCAGCGGAACUGGUUUGAUGAUCAAGCAGAUUCUAUACACAGCCUACGGGGAGAUCUACAUGGACACCAACCCCAACUUCCAGAUCAUCAUUGGCUACCACGGUGGCCUCUAUGAUCCGCUCACCAAGCUUGUCCACAUGGGCCGACGGGAUUAUGAUGUGCUGGCUGGACGCUGGACCAGCCCUGACCACGAGCUUUGGAAGCACCUGAGUAGCAGCAGCAUCAUGCCGUUCAACCUCUACAUGUUUAAGAACAACAACCCCAUCAGCAACUCUCAGGACAUCAAGUGCUUCAUGACAGAUGUCAACAGCUGGCUGCUCACCUUUGGAUUCCAGCUACACAACGUGAUACCAGGCUACCCCAAACCAGACAUGGAUGCCAUGGAACCAUCCUAUGAACUGGUACACACACAGAUGAAAACUCAGGAGUGGGAUAAUAGCAAGUCUACCCUCGGGGUGCAAUGUGAAGUGCAGAAGCAGCUCAAAGCCUUUGUCACCUUGGAGCGCUUCGACCAGCUGUACGGUUCCACCGUCACCAGCUGCCGACAGGCCCCGGAGACCAAGAAGUUCGCGUCCAGCGGCUCCAUCUUCGGCAAGGGGGUUAAAUUUGCCUUGAAGGACGGCCGGGUGACCACAGACAUCAUCAGCGUGGCCAACGAGGACGGGCGGAGGAUCGCUGCCAUCUUGAACAACGCCCACUACCUAGAGAACCUGCACUUCACCAUCGACGGGGUGGACACCCACUACUUUGUGAAACCAGGGCCUUCGGAAGGCGACCUGGCCAUCCUGGGCCUCAGUGGGGGGCGGCGAACCCUGGAGAACGGGGUCAACGUCACCGUGUCGCAGAUCAACACGAUGCUCAGUGGCAGGACUAGACGCUACACGGACAUCCAGCUCCAGUACGGGGCCCUGUGCUUGAACACCCGCUACGGGACGACGCUGGAUGAGGAGAAGGCCCGGGUGCUGGAGCUGGCCCGGCAGAGAGCCGUGCGCCAGGCGUGGGCCCGGGAGCAGCAGAGACUUCGGGAAGGGGAGGAAGGCCUGAGGGCCUGGACAGAAGGGGAGAGGCAGCAGGUGCUGAGCACAGGGCGGGUGCAAGGCUACGACGGCUUCUUCGUGAUCUCCGUGGAGCAGUACCCCGAACUGUCGGACAGCGCCAACAACAUCCACUUCAUGAGACAGAGCGAGAUGGGCCGAAGGUGACAGAAAGGGCGGGGGCCUGGACUUCUUGCCAAAGACAGCUACUCUUCUGUGACCGUAUACUUGACUGUGUUGUACUUUUAAAAAAGAAAAAAGAAAAAAAAAAGGAAAACUUUUUUUUUAAAAAAAAAAAAAAACAAACAAGUGCAGAAAACAAA